AAACAAAACUCUCUUCAAACUGGCCAUGGAAUAACCUCUUUUAGCUUAUUACGUUACAUUAUCUGUGCAGACAAGAACGAGCCCGGUCGGUUCCUCGGCGAGGGCGUCUCGUUUCGCGCCAAGCUGAUAGGCGUGCUCGAGGUGCCCGAGGCUAGGGGAGACCGCAUGUGCCAGGAGGCUCUGGCCGACCUGAAGAUGGCCAUACGAGCCGCUGGAGAACACAAGCAGAGGAUACAAGUGCACGUGGCCAUUGAUGGGCUGCGGCUACGGGAUGAUAAAACGGGUGACUCACUGUACCACCACCCGGUGCACAAGAUAUCGUUCAUCGCGCAAGACAUGACGGACUCGCGAGCAUUCGGCUACAUAUUCGGCUCGCCCGACACAGGUCACCGAUUCUUCGGCAUCAAGACUGAUAAGGCUGCUAGUCAAGUAGUUAUAGCGAUGCGGGACUUAUUCCAAGUAGUGUUCGAGCUGAAGAAGAAAGAGGUGGAAAUGGCCAAGCAGCAGCUAGAAGGAAAGACAGUCACCAGCUCGCUAGUGCGCCACGCUGCCGCCGCCGCUGUGGAGACCAAGUCUAAGCAUGUAGUUUCUCCAAUAGGGGGCGUGGCAGAGCUGGUGGACUUGGAACAAGAGCUGUGCUCUUUGCGGCGGGGGCUCACGCAGGUUGAAGGGCUCACCCCUUCUACGGACCCUUUCGGAGACUCCUUCAUCGUGCCCGCACAGUCACAAGUGAGGGGCGUGGCAGAGCUGGUGGACUUAGAACAAGAGCUGUGCUCUUUGCGGCGGGGGCUCACGCAGGUUGAAGGGCUCACCCCUUCUACGGACCCUUUCGGAGACUCCUUCAUCGUGCCCGCACAGUCACAAAAGGGUCUCCUCCCCCCUCCCCCUUCAGGAUCGUCCAGCCGGGGCCGCAAUACCCCGGCGACCACCACGCGCACCGUAUUCAGCCCUAACAAAGCCCCGGCGACGCCUUACCCAUGUGACAUCCCUAACAAAGCCCCGGCGACGCUGCCAUUCGACCUGGCGUCGGUUGCGGCCGACUUCGAAACCACGCCCACCACGCUCGUCGAUAACCUGCCAGAGCCUUCGGUUAGUAUGUCGUUUGNACGCCGGGGGCUUACGCAGGUUGAAGGGCUGACUCCUUCUACGGACCCUUUCGGAGACUCUUUCAUCGUGCCCGCACAGUCACAAUGUAGCGUGGCAGAACUGGUGGACUUGGAACUAGAGCUGUGCUCUUUGCGGCGGGGGCUCACGCAGGUUGAAAGGCUCACCCCUUCUACGGACCCUUUCGGAGACUCUUUCAUCGUGCCCGCACAGUCACAAGUGAGUGAUGUUCUUCAAAUGGGACAAAAAAAUAUUAUGUUAGCAAGCGGGGAAGGCGGCGUGGCAGAGCUGGUGGACUUAGAACAAGAGCUGUGCUCUUUGCGGAGGGGUCUCACGCAAGUUGAGAGGCUCACUCCCUCCACGGACCCUUUCGGAGACUCUUUCAUCGUGCCCGCACAGUCACAAGGGGGCGUGGCAGAGCUGGUGGACUUGGAACAAGAGCUGUGCUCUUUGCGGCGGGGUCUUACGCAGGUUGAAGGGCUCACCCCUUCUACGGACCCUUUCGGAGACUCUUUCAUCGUGCCCGCACAGUCACAAUGUAGCGUGGCAGAGCUGGUGGACUCAGAACAAGAGCUGUGCUCUUUGCGGCGGGGGCUCACGCAGGUUGAAGGGCUGACUCCCUCUACGGACCCUUUCGGAGACUCUUUCAUCGCGCCCGCUCAGUCACAAAGGGGCGUGGCAGAGCUGGUGGACUUAGAACAAGAGCUGUGCUCUUUGCGGCGGGGGCUCACGCAUGUUGAAGGGCUGACUCCCUCCACGGACCCUUUUGGAGACUCCUUUAUCGUGCCCGCACAGUCACAAGGCGUGGCAGAGCUGGUGGACUUAGAAAAAGAGCUGUGCUCUUUGCGGCGGGGGCUCACGCAGGUUGAAGGUCUCAACCCUUCUACGGACCCUUUCGGAGACUCUUUCAUCGUGCCCGCACAGUCACAAGUGAGUAAGGUUUUAGAAAUGGGACUUAUUGUGAUAUUCAAGUGGCUAGGGGGUGUGGCAGAGCUGGUGGACUUGGAACCAGAGCUGUGCUCUUUGCGGCGGGGGCUCACGCAGGUUGAAGGGCUCACCCCUUCCACGGACCCCUUCGGAGACUCCUUCAUCGUGCCCGCACAGUCACAAGUUGAAGGGCUGACUUCCUCCACGGAUUCCUUCGGAGACUCUUUCAUCGUGCCCGCACAGUCACAAGUGAGUGAAGUUUUAGAAAUGGGACUUAUUGUGAUAUUCGGGUGGCUAGGGGGCGUGGCAGAGCUGGUGGACUUGGAACAAGAGCUGUGCUCUUUGCGGCGGGGGCUCACGCAGGUUGAAGGGCUCACCCCUUCUACGGACCCUUUCGGAGACUCCUUAAUCGUGCCCGCACAGUCACAAGUGAGUGAAGUUUUAGAAAUGGGACUUAUUGUGAUAUUCAAUGUCAUGAUGUGUGUGGGCAAGUCGUUAUUUAGUCUCGUGGUGUGCCUGUUACAGGUGAGCCAGCCGGCCGCGGCGGCGCUCGGCUACGACGUAUUCACCGACCUAGACCCCCUCGGCACCGGCCGCAGUAAACCAUACGUUGACAAAAAACUCUUCUUUCAGGAGCUCAAAAAUCCGCCAAAGAAAGUGCUCAAAGACCUCGUUCCGACCGCUCAGAGUCAGACGCUCGUUACCGACACGGUGCCGGCCGCGGCCGAGCCCAGGCCCGAUUACGCGACCACUAUGACGUCGCUGUCGCGCCACUCGGGCGGCACGGUGUCGGUGGCGCGCGCGCCCGCGCUGUUCACAGGGCCCCUCUUCGCCGCCGACCCGUUCGCUGAGACCGACCCGUUCGACAACACCGACCCCUUCUCCGACUCGUUCAAGGACGACCCGUUCACGAGCGUGCAGGAGUUACCGAAGGCGCGCGACGAGCCCCGCCGGGCCAGGGACGGCCCGGGCGAGGGCUUCAACGGGCCGCUGCACGUGUCGCUGCCGCCCGAGCCCGCGCCCAAGUCGCCGCGCCUGCAGCGACAGGGCACAGAAUCAAGCUCGGUCCGUCAGCGGCCGCAGCCUAGCAGCAAGCUAGCCGAGGGCGGGUCGCCGCCGCCGCCGCUGCCGCCCAAGAAGGAGCCCGCCCUGGCGCGCCCGCCGCCGCGACCGCCGCACGACGACCCGCCCGACGCCGGCCCGCCGCUGCCGAGGCCUGCCAGGAAGAAGGAGCCUAUGCUUGGCCACGAUCCUGACGCCGGCCCGCCGCUGCCGAGGCCCACCAGAAAGAAGGAGCCUAUGCCCGCCCUGGCGCGCCCGCCGCACGACCACGACGACCCGCCCGACGCCGGCCCGCCGCUGCCCAGGCCCGCCAGGAAGAAGGAGCCUAUGCCAACUUGGCCGCCGCCGCCCAAGAAGGAGCCCGCCCUGGCGCGCCCGCCGCACGACCACGACGACCCGCCCGACGCCGGCCCGCCGCUGCCCAGGCCCGCCAGGAAGAAGGAGCCUAUGCCAACUUGGCCGCCGCCGCCCAAGAAGGAGCCCGCCCUGGCGCGCCCGCCGCACGACCACGAGGACCCUCCCGACGCCGACGACCCGUUCACGAGCGUGCAGGAGUUCCCGAAGGCGCGCGACGAGCCCCGCCGGGCCAGGGACGGCCCGGGCGAGGGCUUCAACGGGCCGCUGCACGUGUCGCUGCCGCCCGAACCCGCGCCCAAGUCGCCGCGUCUGCAGCGACAGGGCACAGAAUCCAGCUCGGUCCGGCAGCGGCCGCAGCCUAGCAGCAAGUUGGCCGAGGGCGGGUCGCCGCCGCCGCCGCUGCCGCCCAAGAAGGAGCCCGCCCUGGCGCGCCCGCCGCCGCGCCCGCCGCACGACGACCCGCCCGACGCCGGCCCGCCGCUGCCGAGGCCCGCCAGGAAGAAGGAGCCUAUGGCGGACCGCAGCACCAAGCCUCGCCUAUCAUCGGCGGCGACCAACAGCAGCGAAGACGAGUAUCUGACGCCGGCGCCGCCGCCGCUGCCCACCGCGCGUCGCUUCGAUAUCACGCUGAGCCAGCUGCUUACUUGCACUGUGGAUGAGCUGGCGCACCGGUUAAGAGUUCCUGCCACAACACUAUCUUCCAUGACUCUACCUCAGCUUACAGAAUACCUCAGGUCAUAUCUAGCAGCAGACAAUGAAAGAGCGCCAUCCCCUUAUUCGCAGCAUAUUCACGUCGAGCCUUCCAUGAAAACGGAGAAAGAAAAACCAUUGUCAGCUAUGCCAACGACUAUUUUGCCGGAUAAGCCUUUAGUUACCGCCCCCUCAAUUAGCACUGACUUCAAACCGCAAUUCGAAGACAACUUCGCGCCUACGAGCGAGACAAGUGAUACAUUCGUAGCGAACUUCGACGAUUUCGACAAAAAAGCGAACCCCUCCUACGACAGAUACGCAGCGUUCAGAGAAAUACAAGAGCAGGAACUCAAAGCCAAAUCUAUAUUAGAUCCUCUUGACAGCGUAGAAAUGGAAACUAAGCAAGAUUCCGAUGAAAAAGAGGAGCUGACCGCGAUAAAUGACAUUAUGCGAGCAAACGAGGAGCGGAAAAUCGAUGCGAAAGAAACUUCGCGGAGUCCUUUGAAAACGCUCGACGAGUUGACGUUGGACUCCUUCAAUAUGUUUAGAACCUCUGUCAGUCCGAAACCGUCACAGAUCGACGCCAAAAUAGAGGACAUCAAAUCUGUGAUGAAGACUUUGCAAAUAGAGAAACAGAGGCGGAGCGUAUCGCCUAGGGAUAACGGUAACGUGGAUGUGAAGCAAGAGGAUACCAACGAUAGAUACGCAGCUCUGAGGGAGAUCACGAUAACGGAGCCGGCGGAUGAAUUCGAGUCUCUGCCUCCCGAACUGCCAAAAGAGCGGAAAAAGUCGGACGAGAAGUCGGAUGGUUUCGACAAUUCAGACUUCUUCGACUGCAUAGACAAUAGCUCGCUCUCUUUCUCGCACGUGGAAGACGCGUUUAGGAAGAGUCCAGUGGUGAAAGACAGGGAGGUAGAGAAAAAACCGGAGAUUCCGAAAGAGGUUUCAGUGGAGUUAGCGCCGGUGAGAGAUCUACAGCCACCAGCCAGACUGUCCACGGGUUCCAUCAGCGACGUGCCUAGCGGGUCAUCUCCUGAUACUAAAGAGAAAUGCGUAGGCGUUUGCGGCGUAAGCGUAGGAGGCGGCGUGGGCGUGGGCCCGGGCGUAGUAGGUGCCGGCCGCUGGGCCGUGCUGGCGGGAGCGUCGCCGUGCUCCUCGGAUUCACGCGAUUCAGAACCACGCGCGCGUCGACGUCGCGGGACACCGCCGAAAAACCACAACGGUGAGUACUAA